CUCUCUCUCUCCGUGAUAUUNUCUCUCUCUCUCUCUCUCUCUCUCUCUCUCCGUGAUAUUGAUUAUCUGGUUCCAAUGCAAGUGCUCGUCCAUCCAUUUCUGAAUCCGUUUAAUGGGGUCGAGUUCAACCUGUACGUUUCUCUCUCCCCUUCUUCUACGCACCCUAACAGACAAGUCUCAUGGUAGAACAGGAGGAGGACAGGCCACCUCCACCACCACCACCAUAUAGGUUUAGCCAUAGCCAUGGGCUUCCACAUGAAGGUCCCUUACGUGUGCUAUUAUCUGAACCAGAUCAAUUCAAGGGGUGUGUGGUUCCGCGACGAUCCUCUUGCUUACUCGGUUCCUUCUUUGUUAUUGCAGCUGUCUCUCAUCUCCAUUAUCACCCGUUCUAUUCACCUCCUUCUCAAGCCUUUUGGCCAACCAUUGAUUGUUUCGCAGAUUCUCGGUGGUGUUAUCCUUGGUCCUUCAAUUCUUGGGCAGAAUUCGACGUUCUUGGUUAAAGUAUUCCCAAAUAAAGGCAGAGUGCUACUGGAAACGAUAUCAGUUUUUGGUUUCAUGCUCUUUAUCUUCCUAAUUGGUGUAAAAUUGGACCCAAGCAUGGUUUUCAGAUCAGGAAAAAAGGCUUUAGCUAUAGGAGUUUUAGGUUUUUUUGUUCCUUAUGGACUUACCGGCUUUACUGCCUUUCUCCUCAACCAUUUCCUGUCUUUGGAUAAUAACAUUCUGAAGGUGCUUCCAUAUAUUGUACCAAUGCAGUCUAUGACAGCUUUCCCUGUUGUUGCCUGCUUUCUUGACGAGCUCAAUAUCCUCAAUUCGGAAAUUGGACGAUUAGCCUCUUCUUCUUCAUUUAUCUGUGAUGUGUGCCACUGGUCCAUCAUGACAGUGAAGUUUGCUGCAGAGCUAGCCAAGGCAAAAUCAUUAAAAAUCACUGUAGGGUCCUUUCUAUCCGGUGUCUUAUUUAUUAUUGCCAUUGUAUUUGGAAUCCGUCCAGCAGCUUUGUGGGCAAUCAGAAAUACCCCAGAAGGGAGACCUGUGAAGGAGAUUUAUGUCUUUGUUGCCCUUGUUGCCCUAAUGGCCUGCGGGUUCAUAGGUGAAGCUAUUGGACUUGGUGCACUUAUUGCAGCUCUAGCUCUCGGGUUGGUGAUACCUGAUGGUCCACCUUUUGGAGCUGCUUUAGUCGAGAGGCUUGAUUGCUUUGUUUCUGUGCUGCUCAUGCCACUCUUUUUCACUAUGUGUGGAUUACAAUUGGAUGUCUUUUCCAUACAAAAGUUGAAAAAUGUAGGUGUACUGCAGUUGAUUGUUUUAGUUGCUUUCAUUGGGAAGAUUAUGGGGACAAUGUUGCCUCCUCUCUUCUGCAGGAUGCCAUUCCGAGAUGCCUUGUCUCUUGCUCUCAUCAUGAACUCCAAAGGCAUCGUAGAACUUGCCAUCUUGAACGAUUUUAGGCAGUCCGAAGACAUGACCGAAGAAUGCUAUGCAAUUUUGAUAAUCUCAAUGGUCGUUGUAACAGGAGUGAUCUCGCCUCUUGUGAAAGUCCUGUAUGACCCUUCGAAGAGAUAUGUUGCUUACAAGAGGAGGACUAUCCUACACAUCAGGCACAAUGAUGAACUCCGCAUACUCGCCUGUGUACACAGCCAAGACAAUGCUCAAUCAAUCAUUAGCCUCCUCCAGGUCUCCAAUCCCUCAAAAGAGAGCCCCGUCAACUUAGUUGUCCUCCACCUUGUAAAGCUCAUGGGCCGUGCCUCCUCCUUGCUUGUUGCUCACAUGCAACGAGAGAAGCCUUCCAUAAACCCUGGCCAGUCAGAGCGAAUCUUCAAUGCAUUCAGAAAGAUUGAACAACAAAAACCUGGCCUUAUCACGGUGCAUUGCUAUAAAGGCAUUUCGCCUUAUGCAAUGAUGCACAACGAUGUGUGCUCUCUUGCUUUGGAGAAGAGAACAAUUCUAAUUAUCGUCCCUUUUGACAAACAUUGGACCUAUGGGGAACAAGCAGAAACAUCGUAUGCAUUUAGGCACCUCAACAAAAAUGUACUCCAGAAAGCUCCUUGCUCAGUGGGAAUCCUCAUUGAUCGUGGAAACCAGAAGAAAUCCCGAUAUGUGAUUACAGAACCUUCAUUAUAUCGAGUGGGGGUUCUCUUCUUUGGUGGUGCUGAUGAUCGAGAAGCACUGGCAUACGCAAAACGCAUGUCGGAGCAUCCCAAUGUAAUCGUCACUCUAAUACGAUUCACUGCUUCUGAUUCAUCAGCUGAGAUUGUGGGGGGUACAGCACGGGGCAAGAUGCUUGAUGCUAACGUUUUGAGCGAGUUCAAGAUCAACACACAGCGCAGUGAGAGAGUUUUAUACCAAGAGGAGGUGGUGGCUAAUGGAAUGGGAGUGGUUGCUGUGACCAGAUCAAUGGGGAAUGGUUAUGAUCUUGUUAUGGUUGGAAGACGGCAUGGAGAGUCACAGAUUAUGUGUCAGCUCACCAGGUGGAACGAGCGCGGAGAGUUAGGGGCCGUAGGGCAAAUACUUGCUGCCUCCGAUUUCAAAGGAGGUGCUGCCGUUUUGGUGGUGCAACAGCAGACUAGACUAUGGGGAUUGCAUGACCCAGAGGAAUCUACACACUUGAGAAGAAUUAGUUUGUAGGUUAAGGUUAGAGUUAUAAAAUGUUUACAACAGUGUAAA